GCGCCAUCUUCGACAUCGACCACGACGACCUCUUCGAUAACACUGCUCACACUCUGUCAUGGACCCCUCAGUUCCUCUGGUCGUCGACAACGGUACCGGCUUCGUCAAAGUGGGAUAUGCGGGGUCUAACUUCCCCGAGCAUGUCUUCCCUUCUAUCGUUGGCCGCCCUAUCCUGCGUGCGGAGGAGCGCGCUGGCGGGUCCGCGGUGAUCAAGGAUGUUAUGAUCGGCGACGAGGCCGCGGAGAACCGCAACUACCUGCAGGUCACUCAACCAAUGGAGCACGGCAUUGUGCGGAACUGGGAGGACAUGAAGCUGCUAUGGGACUACACCUUCGACGAGAAGCUGCGCGUCGCACCUCAGGGCCGAAAGGUCCUCCUCACCGAGCCGCCUAUGAACCCCAAGGUGAACCGGCAGCGCAUGUGUCAAGUCAUGUUCGAGGAAUACGGCUUUCAAGGCGUGUACGUUGCUAUCCAGGCCGUGCUCACCCUAUAUGCGCAAGGUCUCACCACGGGUGUCGUCGUCGACUCUGGAGACGGCGUGACCCAUAUUGUCCCGGUGUACGAUGGCUUUUCCCUCCCCCACCUGACGCGCCGACUCGACAUCGCGGGGCGAGACGUCACGCGCUAUCUGAUCAAGCUGCUGCUCAUGCGAGGAUACGCGUUCAACCGGACAGCAGACUUCGAGACCGUGCGGGAGAUCAAGGAGAAGUUGUGCUACGUGAGCUACGACCUUGACCAAGAUACGCGGCUAGCGGAGGAGACGACGGUGCUGGUCGAGAGCUACACCCUUCCCGACGGGAGAGUAAUCAAAAUCGGGUCGGAGAGGUUCGAGGCACCAGAAUGCAUGUUCCAGCCUCACCUCGUAGAUGUUGAGCAGCCUGGUGUAGCAGAAAUGCUCUUCCAAACCAUCCAAGCCGCUGCCGUCGACGUACGGACGGAGCUCUACAAGCACGUCGUCCUCUCUGGUGGUUCGAGUAUGUACCCCGGCUUGCCAAGCAGGCUGGAGAAGGAGAUGAAGCAGCUCUACCUCACGCGGGUGCUCAACGGAGACCCCACACGACUCAACAAAUUCAAGAUCCGUAUCGAGGAUCCCCCGCGCCGGAAACACAUGGUCUUCCUCGGUGGUGCUGUGCUUGCGGACAUCAUGAAGAACCGCGAGGAGUUCUGGGUGUCGCGCGAAGAGUGGUUUGAGCAGGGUGUGCGCGCGCUGGACAAGCUCGGGCGCGGCGAGAACUAGACAGGAAUAUGCCGAGUCAUGCAGGGCAUGCGUGCAUGAAGACACCAAGCGGGUGCGGACAGUUAGGCAGUGUCACUUUGCUGUACAACGAUUUCAGAAGGAAGGAUAACAUGAUGCAUACCAACUCUGC